ACUACUAAUAUCUAGGGUUUGAGUCUCUCGAGUCUCGAUUGCUCUCUCGUCGUGACGGCGCUACAGCUGACUGCAAAGCAUCUUGUACCAAAACCCUAGCCAUGUCGCUGGUAGCAAAUGAAGACUUCCAACACAUUCUUCGUGUGCUCAACACCAACGUCGAUGGGAAACAGAAGAUAAUGUUUGCCCUCACCUCUAUCAAAGGUAUCGGCCGCCGUUUCGCCAACGUCGCCUGCAAGAAAGCAGAUGUCGACAUGAACAAGAGGGCUGGUGAGUUAUCAGCUGCGGAGCUUGAUAACAUUAUGACUGUUGUUGCAAAUCCUAGGCAGUUCAAAAUCCCAGAUUGGUUUCUCAACAGGCAGAAGGAUUACAAGGAUGGAAGGUAUUCUCAGGUUGUGUCCAAUGCCUUGGAUAUGAAGCUCAGAGAUGAUCUUGAGCGCUUGAAGAAGAUCAGGAACCACCGUGGUCUUCGUCACUACUGGGGUCUUAGAGUGCGUGGACAGCAUACCAAGACCACUGGCCGCAGGGGAAAGACUGUUGGUGUGUCCAAGAAGCGAUAAUUGUGUUCAUCGCAUUUGUGUGUUUUCUCUUGCUCUUGGUGGAUCUUCUUUGGGGUUUACUUUUAGAAGCUUUUCCUAGUCUGGCAUCCAUGAUAAUGAGUAUCUAUCAGUUUUGUUAUUUUUUUUGUGUCAACUUGGUUUCAUUAUCUUAUUAAGUUUAUCUGCUUUGUCCCAAGUGAGAUUUUCUUCUUAGGAAUGAUUGUAAUGAGAUUUGAAGUUAAGAUCAUGAAUGAAAUGACUUAUUGCUA